CACCUCACUACGGACCAUUCAUUACGCCGGCAUCGCACGAUGCACUGCGAUUCCAAAUUUGAAAAUUCAAAUUCUUUUUAACUGCUCUGCCAGUCCUAUUUUCCCGACUGUCAUUUUGCGCGCCAUCCUUGUGUUUUUCUUUUUUAUUUUGUGAUUGUUUUCUUUUUUUGUGGAUGCCUGCCAGUUGAUUUGUAGAUUCGAAAGGAUUCAAAGGAUACAGGAUGUCCCAAAACUGCAAGACGACAUACACAGCGGCGACGACGCGCGAUGCAAACAACAACACCCUGUACACAGGGGCGGUCCCGACUUACGGGGGUAGGUACAACCCGCCCAGCAGCAACGGUAACUAUCAGCAAGUGACGGCGAAAGUACUAUUCGGCAGCGUCACGGCGAUCAAUGACCUCAAGCGGCAGGAGAAGGCCGAGCGGGAGGUGCGGCGGACGCACUAGCGACAUCUAGCGGAAGGCGAGAGAACUUUUUAGCAAUUCAGUUUAGGCCCUGAACUUUGUGAUACGAAAAACAAUAAAUGGAAGCUAAGGAGUGAUCUCGGAUGACAGAAUUUACUUUAUUAAGUAUAAUAUUUUUAUAUUUAAAGUUUACAAAUAGAUAGAUAGUUAUUUUUAAACAUAUACAUAACGAAGACAUGUUAGCGUAUUUGAAAAUUAGGCAGGAAAAUAAUCCUUAUGCUGACUAUACAUUAUCGCAUUGCAGUUUACCGAACUUUGUCGCAUUCGGUAUAUGUUACUGGUUUUCCGUUGCGGUAAAUAAAAGCAUACAAACUAUACAAUGUUUUCCUGCCCAUAAACUAACUGAAGUUUUCUAAAGUUAAAUAAAUUUAGAUACGGCCGAGAAUACUCAAAUAUAAACCAGUGCAGUAUGCACUGGUUUAUAUUAAUAAAUUAAUAAUUAAUAAAGAUCUAAAAUACAACUUUGGGUUACUGGUAUCCUGGUAUCGAACGCAAAACCUCCUAAAGACUACUUGGGUACAUGAAAACAAACAACUUUUAUUCUACGACUUUUUGUGAUUCGUAGUUUUUUUUUUUUCAUAUAAAAAAAAUACAAUCUAAUUUGUGAUUUGUGAGUGAAAACUGCAGCAAACAUGCGCACGACCAAUGAAAAUAAAGACCCUUGUCGCAGACAGCACAAUUCGGAUAUUCUCUGCCGUCUACAUAGAACUGAUGUGAUAGCAGGAGAUGUGAUGUUUAAAAUGUUGAGUUCUCGGCCAUUUAUUUCAUUUAAUACUCAUUAAAAUAAAGGAACAAUUUCGGAUUAGGUAUAGUCAACCGCACGUCAAGUUAAUAACGACGAAUUUGCAAUCAAUCUGGAUAGCUUGAAGUGUUGUUCACUGUAUUUAUUGAGGCAAAAAAUGUAACGAUUAUUUUUUUGUACGAGGUUAGCUUCUUUAUAUUUAGCGUAAAAUUUUAUUCUUAACUAAGUGUAAUUAAAACAAUAGUGAUAUAAUUGGUUAAUUAGCAUUUGAUGCCUCAACUAUCCAGCUAUUUAACAUGAAAUAGUGCCGGCGUCAGCAUUGUACCUGCCCUGGGCAAAAUUUCUAAGGCACGCCCUAAAAAAGCUAUUUCAUGGAAACUAACUCGCAAACUCCAGCCAGACCAUGUAAAAUUCAAAAGCGGAAGUUUGUGCGAACUAAAAAAAAUAUAUAUAAUAUUUUGAAUAUCAGCGUACAUAUUUUGAUAGAUAAAUAUUUCCUUUGUUACUAAUUAUAUAAUGACACUUAAUUUCAUCGACACCUCGACCGUUUUUGAUAAAAUUUGGCAAGGAGACAGUCGAAUACGCGAGAGCAAACAUUGAUAUGUUUGCUACAGAUCAUCAUGAUGGAAGAUUUGAGAUUUUGUCGUGAAAUUGUAACUAAAAAAAAAAUCUAAUUUAUGUUAUCGCUUACUUUGGAUUUACGUUCCAUUUGAACUGACCUUAUAAAAGUUUGUAUGGGAUCUUAAACAGCCCAUACAAAACUAUACAAAUGUAUACGUAUUAUAUAUACUUUAGUUAAGUUUUAGCAUAUAGAUUUAUAUACUGUUUAGAUUUUAUACUCCACAAUCGAGCCAGUGUUAAAGGAUCAAAAAUUUUAAAUUUGUAUUUUUUUUUUAAUAAAACUUGUUUACUAUUAA